UCUAACAAAUCAACAAAAGUCGUAGAACAAAUGUUGUUAAUGAUGUUAUUUAUUUAAUCCUGCGAGGAUGCUUAUGUUUAUAAAAUAACCAUGUAUAUGGCGUUACUGUACUCCAAAAAGUUAAGUAUUAUUUAAAACUUAAAGACAACUGGAUUUAAAACGGUUCGAUUUUUGAUUCGAUUUUCGAUUAUUCGCAUACAAAUGAGUUUGAAUAGUCACAACACUAUGGUAAAGAACCUAACUAGGUAGCUUUGUAAUGACGUCUAAAAACAUCUAUUGUAUAUAAUGAUUAUUUUGCUGUAUUUAAAGAUUUUGAAUUUAAAUUAAGUGAUUAAGAUGUACAUUUUGUGAUAAAAUAAAAAUAGCUACCAAGGUUUUACGGAAAACACCUAUAUAAAAUUGUUACGUCUUAAUAAGUAUGAAACGUCAAACGUUACAUCUUAGACUGCAUGCAAUAAGGAUAUUACUAUAUAAUACAAGUUAUACUAUCUCGAGAUUCAUAUUUUGCUGGGACAGCGUUCUUGUAAGAUAUCUACGUCAGCUCCAACAGCAAGCCUAAAUAUGGAAGACAAUCCGGAACUUUUCAACAAAUAUAACAAUCUCACUAGAAUGGAUGUUACAGAAACUCUAAAAGAAUAUGUACCAAAAAUCAAAUGGAGGUCAAACCCAAGAGUUUUGGACAUCGGUUGCGCGGAUGGUAGCGUCAGCAGCAUUCUGUCCACCUACAUACCGCAAAACUACGAAAUGUUUCUCGGCUGCGACAUCAACAGCAACUCCGUAAAGUUUGCAAACGCUCGAUAUGGGACGGAGCGCAUCAAGUUCAUCGUUCUCGACAUAGAGGAGCCCAUACCUGAAAAUCUGAGAGAGAGUUUUGAUCAUGUGUUCUCGUUCUUCGCCUUGCACUGGCUCACUAAUCCCGAGAAAGGUUAUAUGAACAUCUACAACCUUCUGAAACCGGGAGGCGAAAUAUUCCUUAUAUUAUCAGCAGAAUCACCAUACUACGAUAUAUACCACAGUCUCUUCCGGACAAAGAAAUGGGCGCCACAUAUGCAAGCUUAUGAUACAUUCGUGUCACCCUACCAUGAUUGUAAGGAUCCAGAUAAAGUUAUUUAUGAAUCGUUCAAGAAGAUUGGAUUCCGUAAUAUUGAUGUACAGUGUAAGCAGAAAGUAUUCGUUCAUGAAAGCACAAACUUUUUGAAAAAUAGUGUCGCUUCAAUAAAUCUUUUCGAAACACCAAAACACAUGCAGGACGAGUUCUUAAAAGAUUUCAUCGACGUAGCACGUGACAUGAGACUGGUGGAGGAUGACAAUUCUGUGAAAUUUUCUUACAAUAUCAUUACGGUUCACUGCAUGAAGUAAUAAAAAAAUACAUAUCGCUGGCUUACUUACAAGGUCCUAUGUUAAUUUUACUAUGUUGCAAUAAUGAGAUUAAAAAUAUUUUCCAUAUAUUUAAAAAGACAAUAAUUCAUAGUUCUUCUUUUAGUAAUUCUUCAGGAUUAUUGGAAAUUUUCACUGACAAAGACUAAGAAUUAAGUGAUAUAAUAUAUUUCAAUUUUCACAUAAAAUAUAACAAAGAACCUUGUAAUAUUAAGCUAGCGAUAUACAGAA